AUGGUCCUGGUCCACGUCGGCUAUCUCGUGCUUCCAGUGUUUGGCUCUGUGCGAAACAGAGGUGCCCCCUUUCAAAGGUCUCAGCUUCCUCACGCUACCUCCUGCCGUCACUUCCACCUGGGCCCCCCGCAGCCGCAGCAGCUCGCUCCCGACUUCCCCCUGGCCCACCCCGUGCAGUCGCAGCCGGGCCUCAGCGCCCACAUGGCCCCGGCCCACCAGCACAGCGGCGCCCUGCACCAGUCGCUGACCCCGCUGCCCACCCUGCAGUUCCAGGACGUCACAGGUCCCUCCUUCCUACCUCAGGCCCUGCACCAGCAAUACCUCCUGCAGCAGCAGCUCCUGGAAGCCCAGCACCGCCGGCUCGUCUCGCACCCCAGGCGGAGUCAGGAGCGCGUGUCUGUCCAUCCCCACCGCCUCCACCCCAGCUUCGAUUUCGGCCACCAACUACAGACACCUCAGCCCAGGUAUUUGGCUGAGGGCACUGACUGGGAUCUCAGUGUGGACGCCGGCUUGAGUUCUGCUCAGUUCCAGGUGCGGCCCGUCCCUCAGCACUAUCAGCAUUACCUAGCAACUCUUCGAAUGCACCAUUUUCCCCGAAACUCCUCCUCCACACAGAUGGUCGUCCACGAAAUCCGAAACUACCCCUACCCUCAGCUUCACUUCCUUGCUCUCCAGGGACUGAACCCCAGCAGACACACCUCCGCUGUGCGGGAGAGCUAUGAGGAGCUGCUGCAGCUUGAGGACAGGCUGGGAAACGUGACUCGGGGAGCAGUGCAGAACACCAUCGAGAGGUUCACCUUCCCCCACAAGUACAAGAAGCGAAGACCCCAGGAUGGGAAGGGCAAGAAGGAGGAGGGGGAGGAGUCAGACACCGAUGAGAAAUGCACGAUCUGCCUGUCUCUGCUGGAAGAUGGAGAAGAUGUGAGGCGCCUCCCCUGUAUGCAUCUCUUUCAUCAACUGUGUGUGGACCAGUGGCUCGCCAUGAGCAAGAAAUGCCCCAUCUGCCGAGUGGACAUUGAGACACAACUGGGAGCCGACAGCUGA